AUGGAUGGAUUGUGUGAAAGAUAUGUAGAAGAGGUGAGUAAGCGAGAGGUAUUAGAAGGGUUCUUCUUUAUGUGCCGUCUCCUACCGGUUGGCGUCUUAACUUUGUCCACCGCUGUACGGAACAAGGAUCUGAUGCUAAUCCCAAACGCCAUCUUAAGUUCUUUAGCCAUGACGUGCGUCUGCCGGGUCUUCGUCAAACCUGGAUUUUACCUUGCAUUAUUAAUUGCAAUAUAUAUGCAAUACAGCCGCUUGUCUAUUUCUGACUCCACCUACCAUCAGUUGAGCAAACACAAGGCAAUGGCGUUGGCUACUGCUUCUGCCACGAUGGAGUCGUCACAGACCCUCAUCCAGUCGGAGUCCAGGGUACAGAGAAGUUACCAGGAGGUGCAGGUCACAGAGCAGAGGCAGGUUACCGAGCAGAGGCAGGUAACGGAGCGGUCCAUAAAGAAGAAGAGCAAGAGCAGGAGGCAUAAAGAUGAAGGAACCAUAUCUGUGUCAAAAAGCUCCGAGAAGAUAUACAAGAAGAUGAAGGCAGCGGCGGACGGGGAGUCGAACCCGCAAUGCGAGAAGUGUGCACGUCCCGUGUAUGCCAUGGAACGGAUUAAGGCGGAGCGGCGUGUGUGGCAUAAGGAAUGCUUUAGAUGCGUACAAUGCAAUAAACAACUCACAGUGGAGACAUAUCAAAGUGACCACACGACGUUGUACUGCAAGCCGCACUUCAAACAACUGUUCGAGCCGAAACCCGUCGAUGAAGAAGACACCACCGAUGCGACUCAGCCGAAGAAGCACCAGAUGAUCAUUUGUGAAAGUAACCCCGUGGAACUGCCACCAGAUGUCGUUAGAGCAUCAGACAAACCGGAUCUGGGUUUAGAAGAACUGUCUCAACUGGAUGUCAAGUCGCGUUUCGAAGUGUUCGAGAAGAAAAGCAAGACCAGCGAGGAACCGCUGCCAGCAGAACCUCGGGCACCAAGAGAGAAGAGCUCAGCUCUGCUCUCCAAACUUGCCAAGUUCAAAGCUAAAGGCAUGGAUAUCGGAGUGUCUGACGAGUCUCUGAACGGUGUACCGGUGGAGCAGAGCUCCAGUGAACCCGAGGAUGAAGAAGAUGAUGAAGACUCAGUACUUAGAAAAUCGUACAAGCACACGGCAAACAAAGAGCAACCAGUCUCGUUCUGUAACAUGAGCGAGAUAGUCGGCAAGUUUGAAACCGGCCAGCAUUCGUCCUCUGAGAGACACCGGGAGCGUAAGCAGGAAAUACAAAAUAUACGCAGUAGACUCUUCAUGGGCAAGCAAGCUAAAAUUAAAGAGAUGUACGAACAGUCAGUACUGCAAAGUGAACAAGGUGUGACGUCAGCAGAUAAAAUCGCUCGCGAACUCGAGUUAGACGCAGAGAAGUCGCGGGCUAUCAAGCAACGCUUCGAGAACGGAGAAGUGUUCAAUGAUGAGAAUCAACCGCCCAAGAGCAGGGAAAUUGACGACCGUACACUCUUCAACGAAGGUAUUGGCAAGAAAUCUCGCUCUAUAUUCUUGGAGCUGGAUGCUAACGCCAAGAACAUGUCACCCACUUCCCCACCACCACAAGAACCGCCCAAACGGAAGGAACUGGCUUUCGUGCCUAAGGAUGUGGUUCGCGCGGCAGAUAAGAUAGAAGAGGUGCAGAUCGAAACUGCUGACAUCUCUGACCGGUUCAAGUUCUUCGAGACUUACAAACCGGAGACCAAACGCAAGGAGUUCCGCAUGACGCCGCCCAGGCAGACUCAGCGUCCAAAGUCACCCUCGCCUGAAGUAUACCACGAGCCAAGUGUGGUCCGCAGCGAUGAGCCAGCAGUCGACACUGGCCUUGCAGCCGACCGCCACACUGCUUCCAGGAUGAUCUCCGUCUUCCGCCAGAUGGAGGAGCAGCUCCACAAACAAGAAGAAAACCAGGGCCCAAAACCACUAAAGCGGUUUACUCCCCCACCACCCGGAGAAAACAACCGUCACGUAGACUCCUCAGAGGAGGAAUAUAGCUCCGAGGAGUACGAGGAAGACAGCGAGGACGAGCGGAGGAGACUCUACCUCGAGGCGAGGCAGCGCGACGAGGCGCUCAAACAGGCUCAGCAAUUGGCACGCACGACAAGUUUCCGCGACCGAUUCGAGAACUGGCCUGAUGCGGAGCAGCGAACACCACCCGCCGCCCGCCUGCAGCCAGACCUCAGAGAACGGAUGGAGGCCCGGGAUGACGACGAGGAUGGUGAAUCCCAGUUGGAGACCGCCAAGAGUCUACGCGAGAAAUUUGAAAACAUGAAAGUGCAGCAGACUACCGUGACGAAAGCCUUUGUGCCAAAAGUUAAUAGAUUUGUGUGACCGCGCCGCCGCGCCGACUUCCCACAAACCAUCAAUUACCAAAGCGUUUUAACCCUUCAAGUUGUAAAAUUAACAUGACUUGCCUUUAUAUAAUCUUAAAUAAUAAUUAAGAAAUGGUUGUAAUCCCCGAAUUUUGACGAAUAUUAUUUAGAUAUAUUAAUAUUUAUUUGUAUAGGACUGAUAGUUGUUGCAUUUUAUGGAACAAGUGCCUUACGCGUGCAAUUGUAUUGAAAUUAUAGAAUUUGUUGUUCGACAACUUUAUAUUCUUACAUUAUAUUUAUAUCAUGUUUUAACUUGAACAUAAAACUGCGAAUUUGACAUGAAUUAAGGAUUAUUUACACUGUUAUAUAUAUAAGAAAUAUUUUAUAUUAGCUUAAGGAUGAUCUUUUUAUACUUAUACAACUUAGGACUCCAAAAUUUACAAUCGAAAUUAACGAAUUUAGAAUUCUAUAUAUAAUCAGAUGUAUCGAAAUAUGGUCAUAUAUAUAUAUGGCUAUUUUUGUGUGUACAUCAAUUUAAUUAAAUAAUCUUGUUAUUAUAUGAUGUUCACACCUAAUUGAAAUUAUUAAUA